AUGACUAGUAACAAUAAAACUAGCGAAGAUUCUGAUAUGUGGGUCAUCGAUGCCGUGACCACAAAACUCUUCGUCAUCGUCACCUGCUGUAUCGUCUGCGCCAGUGUGGCUUUCUUCGGUAUCAUCCUCAAUCUUCUCAAUGUUUGCCUUUUUGUUAAGAUGGGCUUUCAGGAGACCGCCAACAUUAGCUUGCUUGGCCUGUCGAUAUCUGACCUGUGCGGUUUGUUGACAUUAGAAUGGAUGUUUCUGUGUUUGAACCCGUUGUUUAUAGAAGCGGGGCUACCACUGGCUCAGGUUGAAGUCGAAUAUAUAACAGGAGGUUAUCCUCAUGUGUGUUUCUCCAUAAUCACUGGGUUCAUCACCGCUUUUGUCACCUUCGAGAGAUGCCUGUGCAUCGCCAGACCGCUAGACGUCAAAAAUUUUCUAACACCUUCAAGAACAGUUCUUAUCAUAGCCGGCAUAUACAUCUGCAUGAUCGCCAGCGUAGUGCCAGCUUUUGAGGUCAACCAGCUAGAGUGGAAGUUCUACGCCUCUGAGAACAGGACCAAGCUGGGCAUCGCUUACAACGCCAGGCGAGACGAAGUAGAAGGCAUUGUGUUGGUCGUCAAUGAUUCCUUCGGCUACAUCGCCUUUGUAAUGGUCUCCGUGUUAACUGCUAUUCUCAUCUCAAGUUUGGAGGCUAACCGAAAAUGGCGCUUGAAAUCUAUAAGCGCCGCCCAUGCCACGACAGUGACACUUAGGGAUAAGAGGAUGAUGAGGAUAGUAUUGGUCAUCUCAACGAUGUUUAUCACAUUAUCCUUUCCAAUUACUGUUGUAUUUAUCUUUACAACGGCGUAUCCCCAGUUUGGUACAUGGGGGAAGUACUCCAAUCUGUUCUAUAUAUGCAGCGUCUGUUUGACCCUUUUAGAAAUAUGCAACAGUAGCUUCACCUUUUUCGUCUACUAUUCCAUGAGCGCUAAAUUCAGACAAGCUUCGAUCCGACUUUUAACACCAUACGGUAAAAUAGAAGAUAAACAGAAUUUUUAA